AUGUCUGAACCUGCUCCAGUAACAGUAUCUGCAGCUUCCGAAAAGGUAGCUUCACCAGCAAAGAAAGCAGCAAAAGCAUCGGUUAAACCAAAAAAAGCACCGAAAUCUCAUCCUCCAGUCAGUGAUAUGAUUGUCGCUGCCAUUAGAACAUUAAAGGAACGAGGUGGCUCAUCAUUGCAAGCAAUCAAAAAAUACUUGGCUGCUCAAUAUAAAGUUGAUGUUGAGAAGUUAGCUCCUUUCAUUAAAAAGUAUUUAAAAUCUGCUGUCGCAAAAGGUCAAUUGCUUCAAACGAAAGGAAAAGGUGCUUCAGGAUCUUUCAAACUUCCUGCUGCUUCGAAGAAAGAAGCUGCACCGAAAAAACCAAAAACAGUGAAACCAAAAUCUGUUAAACCUAAAAAAGCUGCUGGCGAGAAGAAAAAGACAUUAGCUAAGAAGUCUGUGGCCAAAAAACCAAAAGCAGCUGGCAGUCCUACAAAAAUCAAGAAGCCAGUGGCCAAAUCUGCAAAGAAACCAGCCGUUGCUAAGCCACCAAAGAAUGUGUCAGCCAAGCCGAAAGCAGCAGCAAAACCGAAGAAGGCAGCAGCUCCAAAAAAAGUUGCAACAUCAAAAAAAGCAACAACGAAGAAAGUUUCAGCUGCAAAGAAACCAACUGCUACUAAGAAAGCCGCUAAGUAA